AACCCACCCCCCACGCCAUCGCCAUUUUCACCCCCCACCACCGAGCAAGGUUUCACCAUUCCCUCUUCCUCCCAUCCCCCCAUACCUCCUACCCCUGCUCCUACCACCUUCCACCCUGAUCUUCUUCUUCCCCACCCCCUUCCCCAGGCACAUUCCCCCACCCCCAAAUCUUGGUGCUGAUCCAACCCUGCCGCCCCCCAUUAAUUCCCCCCCUGUUGCUCCGUCCGCAUUGAUUCAAGGCCAGGGCAGGGGAGAGGGCUUCUCUCGUCGCCCCCGCAGAGUCCAGUCCUCUGGUCUUUGGGCCUCGGUGGUUCUUGAUCUGGGAGGGGAGGCUCGGUGAUCUGGGGCGGGUCGUGAUUUGAUCUGAAAGGCUGUGGCUUUUCGGGGGGAGGGGUCGGAGGAUUUGUGUCGGGCGUCAUGGGGACGGGGGCGGUGGCGCCGGAGCGGCCGAAGCAGCGGCGGGGGGGCCACCUGUGGAAGCGCGCGGUGCUCCACUUCUCGCUCUGCUUCGUCAUGGGCUUCUUCACCGGCUUCGCGCCCUCCUCCUCCUCGUCCUGGAGGCCCGGCGGCGGGGGCGGCACGCCGCCGCCGGUCCUCGCGGCGGAGCAGCUCGCCGCGUCCCGCGUCGCGGGAAACAGGGACCAGCGCAUCAGCCUGGCGCCGCCCUCGCCGGAGGGCGCGGCGGCGGCCGGCGGGGGCGGCGCGGUGGUCGACCUGGACGACGACGAGGAGAGCGGGCCGCGGAGGAUGCUGAUUGUGGUCACCACGACCAGGUCGGGGGCAGGGGAGCGGCGGCGCAGGCGGCCGGAGCUGCUGCGGCUCGCCCACACGCUGCGGCUGGUCCGCCCGCCGGUCGUCUGGGUGGUGGUGGAGCCGGCGGCCGACGCGCCCGCCACCGCCGAGGUGCUGCGGGGCACCGGGGUCAUGUACCGGCACCUGGCCUUCCGCCCCGAGGAGAACUUCACCACAGCCGCCGCCGAGGCCCACGCGCAGCGCAACGCCGCGCUCGCCCACGUCGAGAAGCACCGCCUCUCCGGCGUCGUCCACUUCGCCGACGCCGCCGGCGUCUACGACACCCACUUCUUCGAUGAGAUCCGCCAGAUCGAGGCGUUUGGGACAUGGCCGGUGGCAACGAUGUCCGCUGGAGAGAAGAAGGUUGUGGUUGAGGGCCCACUGUGCAGCGCCUCGAAGGUAGUCGGCUGGUUCUCGAGGAACUUCAAUGAUGGUACCACUCGUUCAGUGACAUAUAACACUGAGGUUGACUUGAAUCCUGCCGGUGCUGCUGGCACGCGAGCCCACACGAUCGAUGUAUCGGGGUUUGCUUUCAACAGUUCUAUUUUGUGGGACCCUGAGCGGUGGGGACGACCGACGUCAUUACCGGACACUUCCCAGGAUUCAAUCAAGUUUGUGCAGGAGGUGGUGCUGGAGGACAGGACGAAGCUGAAGGGGAUCCCGUCCGACUGCUCCCAGAUCAUGGUGUGGCAGUAUGACGUGCCCGGCAGCGCCAGCGCCCCCAAAACUAAAAGCAAAACCGCCACCCCGAAAACCCACCAUAGAAGAAGGUAGGGAUUGAACAGGACGAAAAAUCUUGGGCGGAGAAGAACAGUGUUGGAAGUGGAGUUGAUGUAAGUAAAUGUGGCGAAAAGGAAAAAGGGAAGAAGGUUGCUGCUUACACUGAGUUUCUAUUUCUCUUUCUUUUUUUCUUUCUUUCUCUCAAUUUUGUCCCUUUUUUCCCCUUGUGGGGGUCGUGAAUGGUCCUCUGGAAAUGGAAAUCGACCCCCGGGGCAAUAGUAUUAUUUAUUCAGAUUAUUUUACCCUGUGAUUCUUUAACCCGACCGCUCCUCCUCCGGGUCCUUGUGAUCUUCUUGCGGAUCGCUCAUCUGUGGAGCGCAAUAAAACGCUGUGUACAAAGUGUGGGAAAUCUGCAGAUGAAACGAUGAUGAAUUCACAGCAAGUUUCAGCAUCA